AUGAGGACGCUGGCGAUCACGUUAUGGUUGGCGCUUGCCGUAGUGGCUUCAAUAGCUAUACCACUUAAAGAUAAUCAAGAAAAUGCUGAAGUUGUAAGAGAUAAGCGAUCACCCACUGACUGGCACUCACCUCCAGAAGGAGUUUGGGAGAAAAAACUGAUUUGGAAGGAAGAGUACAAAAAGAUUUGGGUAAAAAAAUUAGAGUGGAAAACAGAAUGGCGUAAAGAGAAAGUCCCGAAAUGGAUAACAGAAAAAGUACAACAGUGGCAAGAAAAACAGGUACCGGCUUGGAAAGUGGUCAAAAAGCCUAUAAUUAAGGAAAUUAAGGUUCCAAUAUGGCGCGAUAUAAAGGUUCCUGACGUCAAAAAAGUAUAUAAACCAGUUUGGAAGGUCAUACAAGUGCCAGUAACGAAAACUAUCCACGUUCCAGUCUGGAACAAGAAAUUUGUUCCUGAGUGGGUAAAAGAGGGCGUUCCAGGAGAAAAAUACCUCGGUAAGGACGAGCAUGGAUGGGAAUACACAAGUCACGAUCUAUGGCGCAAAAAGUUGAUCUGGAAACCGGUUUGGACUAAAUCAUUCAAAACGGAGCAUAAACAGGAAUGGGUAGACGAGAAAAAGUUGGAAUGGAAAGAAGACUGGAAAAAAAUUUGGAGAUGGGAAAAGAAACAGGAAUGGGCAAUAGAAAAGAAAAAAGAGUGGGUUGAAGAAAAAGUGCAAAUAUGGAAAACAGUUAAAACGGAAGUUUGGGUGCCGGUUCAAAAGAAAAUCUGGGUUGAAAAAUGGCAUCAAAUUCAUGUCCCGGUAUGGCAAUCUAAGGAAGCGUGGAAGAAGGUAUACAAGCCUGUGUGGCAAAAGGUAUGGGUUCCUGUUCACCAUGAACACCAUGAGCAUCAUGAGCACCACGAACAUCACGAACACGAUGGAUGGGAUAAAUAGUUUGCAUACGGGCUAUGUUAUUUGUACAUAUAGAGAUAAUUACAAUGUAGUCUAUUGUUACUUAAUUGUUACCGGUGAGACCCAAGAUAUUAAUGUUGAGUUUUUGUAAAUAAUGUUAUGGACUGCUUUAUCUACUUAUAACUGGUAUUUGCCACGCAAACACUUUAGGCGUACGCCAUCGCGAAUGCUCUCUUUUAUAGCGAUUGCAAGAAAUUCCAAUCUUGAUUUGCGAAUGUUAAUUUGCUUUUACGUGCGCCUUUAGUCGUGAACUUUUAAUAUUGUAUUUAAAGACUAAAUAACGAUUUAUCUACAAAAUUAGAAGUUUACUGUGGCA